AUGAUGAAAAUGUUCCUGAUGUUUCUCGCGGUCACUUCUGGAAUUUGUUUAAUUUCUUCAUUUGAAAAUCAUGUUUAUGAAGAGGGAAAAAGAUUUGGACCUAUAAUUGGCUCUAUCGUUGGACCCGUAAAUGGACCCGUCAUUGGUUCUAUCGUUGGACCUGUAAAUGGACCCGUCAUUGGGUCUAUCGUUGGACCCGUUAAUGGACCCAUCAUUGGCUCCAUCAUCGGACCCGUUAAUGGACCCGUCAUUGGCUCAAUCAUUGGACCCUUUAAUGGACCCAUCAUUGGCUCCAUCAUUGGACCCGAUAAUGGACCCGUCAUUGGCUCCAUCAUUGGACCCGUUAAUGGACCCAUCAUUGGCUCCAUCAUUGGACCCGUUAAUGGACCCAUCGUUGGCUCUGUCGUUAGUGAAGAUGGUAAGAUGGCGGUGAAGAUGACUGAAAGAUUCUUAAAAAUUCGUGCGUUGUUGAUAAUGGGCGGAGCUGUGGCAGGUUUCUUGAUCAUCAGCUGUUGGCUUCCUUACCACCCGCAUGAUGAUGAAUGCAAUGUGAAGGGAAAAAGAUUUGGACCUAUAAUUGGCUCUAUCGUUGGACCCGUAAAUGGACCCGUCAUUGGUUCUAUCGUUGGACCCGUUAAUGGACCCGUCAUUGGCUCCAUCAUUGGACCCGUUAAUGGACCCAUCAUUGGCUCCAUCAUUGGACCCGUUAAUGGACCCGUCAUUGGCUCCAUCAUUGGACCCGUUAAUGGACCCAUCAUUGGCUCCAUCAUUGGACCCGUUAAUGGACCCAUCGUUGGCUCUGUCGUUAGUGAAGAUGGUAAGAUGGCGGUGAAGAUGACUGAAAGAUUCUUAAAAAUUCGUGAGUUGUUGAUAAUGGGCGGAGCUGUGGCAGGUUUCUUGAUCAUCAGCCGUUGGCUUCCUUACCACCCACAAGAUGAUGAAUGCAAUGUGAAGUGGUUACGAAUGUAG